AGUAGCUCAAAAACUUGUCCUGCCCCUAUAAAUAAAGAGAGAGAUCAGUUGAGAAGCAAAAAAUCAGUUAAAAAUAAUCGUUUCCACUGGAGAGAGAGAGAGAGUGUUGAGUGUUUCUUCUUCUUUGGGUUUUGGAUUUCUGCCUCUCAAGGUGAGUGCUUCAAUCACAGCAAUUUCUUGAAGAUUUUUAGUUAGAUUUGGGCGAAAUAUACUCUACUUUCUGCAUUCAAAACUGUUUGAUUCAUUGUCUCAACCCUAAAUAGAAUCUCCAUUUUCCUUAUAAGAUGAAUAAUGCAAGACGAAUUACCGGUGGUAUUCCGGGUCUUAACGAUGAGAUUCUUGGGGUUAUUUUUUCAAGAUUACCAGUCAAAACUCUGAUGCGAUUGAAGUGCUUAUAUAAGGACUAUUCCAUGCUGAUUUCAAGCCCCUGGUUUAUCAAUCUGUAUAGCAAGAGGUUUAGUUCAAUCCCUGAUAACCAUUGUAUCUUUGUUCAGACUGGGGAGAUAAAUCGUUUGAUCCAUAUACAAAAUCCUGGCAACUUGAUAAAGCUUAAUGAACCCUGUACGGCCGAUUAUACUGUUAUAGGUUCAAUCAAUGGCUUGAUCUGUUUAGUUACUACUAUUGCUUCCGGUCGAAUGAUUUGCAUAUGGAACCCUGCCAUAGAGCAGUACAAGAUGUUCCCUGUACACAAUGACGACCCUGAAAAGACACGCAAAUGUUAUAUUAGUAUGGGCUUUGGAUGUGAUAAAGAUUCUGAUGAUUACAAGGUCAUGAGGAUUCUAAGCUAUAAAAGAGGUGGGCCGUUGACUAUACUUGAGAUUUACUCAACCAAUUCGGAGUGUUGGAAAGAAGUGAAGUCUAAUCGUCACUUAACAAUGAUUAGCGACUUCUGUGAUGUAAUUAUUGAAGGGCUUACUUGCUGGAUUGCACAGGACUUGGAUGGAAAUUUUGUUCUUGCCUCGUUUGUUUGGAGUAUAGAGGAGUUCUUCAUAAUAUCUUUCCCCGAAGAAGUGAUAACUGCAUAUCAAAAUUUUGUGGUCACCAACUAUCAUGGGUCAUUUGCAUUGCUUACAUACUUUUCAUUCACCAAAUUCAAGGGCCGUGUUGAUGUUUGGGAGAUUGAACUUGAUAUCGCUGCAAAGGAGUGUGAAUGGAUAAAGAAGAACACCUUUGACACGGAUUUUAGCCUUUCAAUGCCUUGGGUUCUUACUGGUGGAGAUAUAGUAGUUGAAAAUGCUCCAAACAUGCCCUUCUUGUUCAACCUCACAACAAAACAAAGGUGGGAAAUGAGAAUAAAACCUAUUCGUUCACUUACCAACUAUACUCAGAGCCUUGUAUCAAUUAAGGGGUUCAGGCGUGUUCGCAAUCAACUGAAAAGGAAGAGGAAGGCUUCAAAUCCAGUAAGAGCAAGAUUGAACUGAAGUAAAUGUAGCAAUUCCAACAUAUUAUAUUCUACUUUUCCUUGUCUCUACUGUUCCAUAAACAUUCCUAUGAUAGUUCUGUAUCGAAUCUCACAUGAACUUAGAAAUUUAAAUGUUUAGUAAUUGGCCUCAUUAUGGUCCAAAAUAUGUACUUUGAGAUGCUAUCUGUAGUAAGAAAACUAGCCAGUUUAAUGUGCAUUUGUCACAAUGGUGGAAUUUCCAAUUGUUAAUGCAACUUUUUCUGCUCUA